AUGUUGGAGCUUGAAAUGGAAAUUACUUACCGCACAGAUGCUUCCCUACGCAUGUUCAUUUUGGUGUGGAGACUGUGGAUGGCCUUUGCAGAUAACACAAACCAACCUGCAGUUACUGAAAGCCAUGCCUUGCCACAUAUUGGACGUGCAUUAGUAUUAGCUGAAGAGAGAAGAAAUUUUUGUAUGGAAUGUGAUUACUUUGCGUCUAUUGUUGACUUUUACUCAAGCUGCCCGCUCACAACAAUCGAGUCGCGCGUGGCGCGUGGGCGGAGCCGGCGGCUGGACGGCGAGUGGGUGCGGGCCCGCGGGCGGGGAGCCGAGGGCCGCGUUAGGCCUUGCCCGCGGGCAGCGGGGCGUGGGCCAUGUAGGGCGGCGCGGCGGCCGGGUGGUAGGGCGUGUGCGCGGACGCCGCGCUCGGCGCCGACGGCGCGCGCCGCCGAGCACGCGCAGCACAGGCAGGCGCCGCCGCGCCGCCGACAGCAACAGCGCACCAGCAUCGCCGCGUCGCAGCAGCCCCGGCACCGUCAUGCAGAUGCCCGCCGUCUGCGCUGCAAGCACACCGGAGCCACGCGCCGUUACCGCACCGUGUCGGAUUCGGCCGGGCGUUGGCAAAAGGAGCACAACGGCAGGAUUUGUGGGGCGUUGGGCUCCCCAAGUACCUAA